AUGACCAGUCUGAAGCGCUCUCAGACUGAGCGCUCGGUCGGGGGCUCCGUGCCGGCCACUGACGAGUUCUACACCCGCCGUCUCCGUCUGCCUAAUGGGGGCGCACCCCCACCCCGCAGCGAGAGCGCACAUAUCUCUUCUUCCUCAACCACCGGCACCAACCCUGGUGUCCCAAAGAUGGGGGUUCGGGCCCGCGUGGCCGACUGGCCCCCAAGGAAAGACGGUGGCGGAGGAGGCGUUUGGCAUAUCACUGUAGAAACCGACUCCCCCAGUUCUACCAAUACCACCAGCUCCUCGGGAUCAGGGAGUGGGGACAGAGAAAGACUUUUGGGAGGGGGAGGAAGUGGGGGAGGAGGAAUGGGUAGUGGUGGCAGCGGUGGCAGUGGAGGCAGUGGAGGAGGAGGAGGAGGAGGAGGCGGAGGCGGAGGCGGAAACGUGUCCGCUGUCCAAGCCCACAGCAAUCUGUCAGCCAAGCUUGGUCACCUGAUAAGCCCACAAGAUUCGUCCAUGCUGAGAAACAUCCACAACACUCUGAAGAACAAGAUGCAAAGCAAGGGAAAGGAUAACCGCUUCCUGUCACCGGAUGGGUAUCUGGGCUCACCUCGCAAAGGCAUGAGACGUAUCCGCCAGCGCAGCAACAGUGACAUAACCAUCAGUGAGCUGGAUGGAGAUGGGAACGAGGGCUGGUCCUUCUCCGGGUGGACACCCAUGCACCGCGAGUACGGGAGCACGUCGUCAAUAGACAAACACGGGGUGUCGGGAGAGAGCUUCUUUGACAUGCUAAAGGGAUACCAGUCCUCCGAGGCCCCUGAUCAGCGAAGCCCCGCUCCAGAGAGGCUCACAGAACUCCUCUCUGUGGCUCCGAUAAAGCAGGCUGCCCUGGACCUGCCAGACGGACCUCUGGGUCCACCGCGAGGUAGCCCUGCCAGUCGGCUGAAGGAGCGAGAGAAACACUUGAAAAGAAGAUCUAAGUCAGAAACGGGCGGCGAAUCCAUAUUUCGCAAGCUGCGCAGCGUGAAGGUGGACGGUGACACCUCGAGGGCUGGUUCAGAUGCUGAGGAUGGUGGGAAAGGGGAUGAAAGUGGCCCACCUCCUAAACCUUGGAUGUGCCAAAAAGGCUUUGCCCAUUUCGACCUCCAGUCGUUGCUGUUCGACCUCAAUGAGGCAAUCCAGAGCCGGCAGUCUGGGGCCAAACGCAAGAACACCACCACCGGUGCCUCCGCCGCCGCCGCCGCCUCUGCGUCCGCCUCCUCCUCGCUGUCGUCCAAUCAGAGCGGAGUGUACGGCUCGCCUUGCGGCUCCCAAGAGGAGUUAAGCAAGGAGGGUACGGGAGGAUCUUCACACAGUACUAACCCCGCCUUGGAUCCUGGUGACGACAAGAGCAAUGAUUUGGUUCUCAGCUGUCCUUGUUUUAGAAAUGAGAUUGGUGGAGAGGGUGAGAGGAACAUCUGUCCCGCUAAACAGCAGGGCAGCAUAGGCAGUGGUGGGAGCUCCAGCAGCUCCUCUGGCAGCACAGAGGAGGGACCUUUGGAUGCUACGCUCAGUACCCACUUUACUAAUGCUGGUGUGGCCGUGCUGGAGGCUUCCAAAGAUGGGCCAAGUCAGCACGCUGACAGAUCCAAAAGAUAUAUAGUGGAACACGUGGACCUCGGUGCCUAUUACUACAGAAAGUACUUCUAUCUCAGAGAACACUGGAACUAUCUGGGGGUCGAUGAGAACCUGGGCCCGGUGGCAGUGAGUCUCAGGAGAGAGAAACUGGAGGAACACAAAGAGCAUGGCCAGCAAUACAAUUACAGGGUCAUCAUCAGAACAAGUGAGCUGAACACGCUGCGCGGUUCCAUCCUGGAAGAUGCGGUGCCAUCCACAUCCAAGCAUGGCCUGGGCCGAGGUCUGCCCCUCAAAGAAGUACUGGAAUACCUCGUUCCUGAACUCAAUGUCCACUGCUUACGCCUGGCCCUCAACACGCCGAAGGUCACCGAGCAGCUGAUGAAGUUGGACGAGCAGGGGCUGAGCUUCCAGCGGAAGGUGGGGGUGAUGUACUGCAUGGCGGGCCAGAGCAGCGAGGAGGAGAUGUACAACAACGAGGCAGCUGGUCCUGCACUGGAAGAGUUUCUCCAUCUGCUGGGCGAGAGAGUUCGACUCAAAGGCUUCACAAAGUAUAGGGCUCAGCUGGACACCAAAACUGACUCAACGGGCACUCACUCUUUGUACACCACUUACAAGGAUUAUGAGAUCAUGUUCCACGUGUCCACCAUGUUGCCCUACACUCCCAACAACAAGCAGCAGUUGCUACGGAAGCGCCAUAUUGGGAAUGAUAUUGUCACCAUCGUGUUCCAGGAACCCGGGGCAGUCCCCUUCACCCCCAAAAACAUUCGCUCACACUUCCAGCACGUCUUUGUGAUUGUGCAGGCACACAACCCCUGUUCUGACAACUGUUCCUACAGUGUGGCAGUGACCCGAUCCAAAGACGUGCCCUCGUUUGGUCCCCCUAUCCCAGAGGGUGUGACCUUCCCCAAGUCGUCUGUGUUCAGGGACUUCCUGCUGGCCAAAGUCAUCAAUGCAGAAAAUGCUGCCCACAAAUCACACAAGUUCCGGGCCAUGGCCACCCGAACACGCCAGGAGUACCUGCGUGACUUGGCUGAGCGCCACACCACCAGCACGCCGAUCGACCCCUCUGGAAAGUUCCCCUUCAUUUCCUUAGCUCAUAAAAAGAAAGAGAAGAGUCGGCCGUAUGGAGGAGCAGAGCUGCGCAGUCUUGGGGCGGUGACCUGGCCAGUUCAUGCAGAGGAUCAUGGGAACGGAGGGGAACUGGAGGCCCUGCUGGCUAUUUCCAAUGACUUUCUCAUCCUGCUGGACCAGGAGGCCAAGGCUGUGGUUUUCAACUGUGCCACAAAGGAUGUGAUUGGGUGGACACUUGGCAGUCCUGCAUCUUUGAAAAUUUUCUAUGAGAGAGGAGAAAGUGUCUCUCUAAGGAGCAUCAGUAAUAAUACAGAGGAUUUUAAAGAAGUGGUCAAACGUCUAGAGUUACUGACCAAGGGCUGUGAGACAUCAGAGAUGACACUACGUCGAAAUGGCCUGGGUCAGCUUGGCUUCCAUGUCAACUAUGAAGGCAUCGUGGCUGAGGUUGAACCAUACGGAUACGCCUGGCAGGCCGGACUGAGGCAGGGAAGCCGUUUGGUCGAAAUCUGCAAAGUGGCGGUAGCAACUCUGACCCAUGAGCAGAUGAUUGAUCUCCUACGGAACUCGGUGACAGUGCGCGUUGUCAUCAUCCCACCACACGAUGAUGCCACUCCACGCAGGGGCUGCUCAGAGCUCUAUCGAGCACCUGCCUCAGAAUAUAAGGGCGGCAGCAGCGACAGCGGCUCCUUCGAAUACAAGUUUCCUUUCCGCAGCAACAACAAUAAGUGGCAGCGGACGUCCAGCAGCCCUCAGCAGUCGCUCACUGCCUCACCGCAGCCCCACACACCCAACCGGGCCAUCAGCCUGGGCAGCUCCGUGGGAAAGACCCUGUCAGCCGAGAGGCUUGAGAGAGGGGCUGCCAUUCCCCGCAGUGUGAGCAGCGACGGCCGGCCGCUGGAGUCAAAGAGGAUGUCUCCGGGCAGUGAGAGCUACAGCCUGGCCUCUUCCCUGGCUCUGGGCCGUUCCCCUCACAACCGCAGUUCUCCAAGCAACUUGUCCUGUUCCAGUGAUGCUUCUGGAAGCUCCGCUCACUGGAGACAGAAAUCCAUGCCUGAGCAGUUUGGAGGCAGUCGCCAUUCUCCAAUGUCCACAGAGAGACGAGAGGUGGUUGGAGAGGGCGGGUCCAGUGGAAAGUCCACGCCUAACUGGUCUAGAAUGGAAGAAGAGGCUCCAGUUGCCAAGUCUGGUCAGGGCUACUCGGGAGCUCCCCGCAUCCAGAGACAAGAGCAAGUCAUCCACAUAUCCCCAAAGAAGGGAAGCCAGUCGGAUGGCCCUUACUCGGGUCACUCCAGCAGCAACACUCUAUCUAGCACAGCUUCUAGUGGAGGUCACAGUGACAGCGACAAAUGGUACGAACUGGGGGCAGGUGGAGGCUCAAGUGCUGAUCAAGGGGAGCCGGAACCCAAUGGGUUGGGAGGAGGAGGCUACCUCCAGGGUGCCUCCGCUGACAGUGGCAUUGACACCAGCUCUUAUGGGGGCCCACAUCAUUCUCACCCCCACUCCCAUCAUGGCAGCACCACCUCACUGCUGGCUCCCAGUGGAAGCAGAGAGAGCAGGGAGCGCUCGGGCUCUCCAUGGCACAGUCCAACCGAGGGGGGGCGCAGGAUGCUCGAGAGGUCACCCGCUGCUGCAGAGUCUCCUGGCCCUCCAGCAGAGAGGAGCCUGGAAUCCACAGGCCGAAGCCCACCGACUCACCUUCUGGUCAGAGACAGCAGUACCUAUAGUCUGAGUGAGGCUGGACUACACUCAAGCAGGCAUUCUGGCCACAGCUCUCCCAGAGAGGAGUCAUCAUCCUCAGCGACCUCCCCUUCAUCUCAGUCUUCAGUGUCCCCUGGGCCCAAGAGUUUCUAUCCCCGCCAGGGAGCUCAGUCCAAGUAUUUGAUUGGCUGGAGGAAACCUGGUUCUACCAUCAAUUCUGUUGACUUUGGAGACACGCGCAAAAAAUCUCCAGGGGAAAGUGGAGGAGAUGUGCUUCCUACCCCAGCAGCCAGGCCGUCUCUCAGAGACAUGCACUCCCCCCAGCCUCAUGCAAAAUCUACCAUAGAGGAAGAUAUGAAGAGGCACGGGGCCCCCGACAGUCCCCCACCCCCACGAAAACAUAAGGAAAAGCAUGGCCAGAAGUCGCCCCAGGGCCAGCCCUUGAGCCGCCGCCGUUCACUCCAUCGCACGCUGUCAGACGAGAGCAUCUACCGUGGUCAGCGCCUCCCCUCGCUGAGCGACUCGGUGACCGAACCGGCACUUGCCACAGAUGUUCUCUUUAGCUGCUCCACCCUUCCUCGCUCGCCCACCACCCGUGGCGUGCCCCUCAGACGGCCCUCUUAUAAGCUGGGAGUCAAACUGCAUGGUGACCUUUCAGCAUCUGACACAUCAUUGGUGGACUUGGUGGAGCGUCAUCGUGGGCCUCUCCCUCAAGAGCUGAUGCCUCUCCCAUCUUCAGACAGGAACAGCCCUCUGGACUGGACACACCUGGUGGAUGUGGCCAAUACCUUUGAGAAUGAGAGAAACACACAUUAUAUCCAGAGAAGUUAUGUCUUUGGGGAUUCAAACCACCGAAGCAGCGGGGCCUCCAGUCCUCAGCAGCCCCACAUCGAACUCCAGCCUGCUCCGCUGUCCCGGCCCUCAUCCAGCGAGGGUCACAUCGGGCUGGAGAGGAAGGUGACCAAACUAGAGGCCAUGGUGAAGAUGCUCCAGGAGGACCUGAAGAAGGAGCGAGAAGAAAAGUUGCGUCUUCAGACGCAGAUCAAGAGGCUCUGGGAAGACAAUCAGAGACUGCAGGAGGAGUCCCAGACCUCUGCUGCCAAGCUCAAGAAGUUCACCGAGUGGGUUUUCAACACCAUUGACAUGAACUGACACCAGGUUUAAGCUCCCACAAGCUGCCCCACAACUCAUGGGCACACACAGUCUGGGUGAAGAGGCAGAGGGGAUCAAGUUGAGACUUGUUGUUUGACUCAUUUAGCGCAAUGCUAAACCCUACUAUCACCUUCCAUUGAUCUCAGCAGAGACCUUAGAAUCUUUUUUUCUGAGGAUUAACAGAAGAAAAAUCUCAGUCUCAGUCAUGAGCUCUUGGAUGAUGCAUUUUCUCCUUGCUGAUCAGUCUAAAGUCAUCUUAACAAAACUGCAGACACAAGGAAAGCACCUCCCCUCUGUCUUUUUCCCAAAGAAGUCAACUUAACCCCUCCAUUUUUCCAAAGGUAAAAAUAAAGAAUCAACCCUUUCUUUUUCAACAUUUUUUCUCAGUCGAAUCGCUUUUCUUUUCAGGACAAUAUUAGGCCUUUCACAUUUCAAUUUGGCCCUUGGCUCUUUUCCUGCUAUACAUAUAUUUUUUUUAAUGAUGUCCAGCUGCUCUGAAACUCAAGGCCGCCUCAGCACGCGGUCUCACAGACAUGCAGGUGACUUAAAAGAAGAUGACUCUGAAAUGCCACACAAAGUCAGAGGUACGCUCAGAUCCGUCAGUAAAGCCACUACAUCAGAGGACACAGAGGAAGUUUUUGUUUCCUUCUCAUGAAAAUGGAGUAAACAAAUAUAGCGUCUGUGUUUUCUCUGAGCAAAAGCUGAAAUCUCUGGUCUACCAGGCUCAGAUGUAAAGAAGGGUCAAUGUGCAUCUGCUCAGGAGGGAAACUGUUUGUACAGUUUUUCUUUAUUUAAUUUUUUUUCCUCCUCUAUCACUCAGAUCUGGAUUACGUCAUGUCCCUACAGCACAACCACUAAAAGAGGAGUAACUUUAAGCCAUUGGCAAGUAGUGCCGCGAAACGAGACUUUUCCGGGGUGCUUUGGUCCAUUCCAGUUCUAUGUGUCUUAAAAGCAAUAGGAAGAAGUAAGGACUCCUAUCUUUUCUUUAAGAUAGGGACAGUUAUCCCUAUAAAGAAGCUUGGAGUGGGAAAAGCUGAAUAGGAGGGUGCACCUGCAAGAAACUGCUGCUCGAGAGCAUCUGUCCUUUUCCACUGAACUUGCGCUCAGGGGGAAAAAGAAAAGUGAGGACUCUGCUCAUCAUCCCACUGCCUGGAAUACAGAGAGCCAGCUGAUAAUAAAUCACAAAGACAAUUUGUGAGGGAGGCAUUGCAGUUUCCUUUUCUGGGGUUAAUUUAUUUCCUUGUAUUAUAAUUCCAAUAAAUGAGUUGUUCUAUUCGUACAAUACAACUGACAUUAGUGUUUAGUUCUUCAAGACAAGUGGUCACUAGCUGUAUUAUUUAAAUGGCUUUCUUUCCUAAUUCUACCUAAAGCCUGAGAACAUGCUUUUUAUUCUGCAUUAUGUUGUGUUUUGUGGUGCCCAUGCCUGCCGUCGUGUUGCUUACAGUGCCCUCUAGUGGUGACAAGUGAAAAUGUCACGAUGUGUAAAUGUGUUGCCUGUCACUCUGUAUCUUUUUCAAAGCCUCUUUAGAGAUCCGUCAGACAUCAACCACGAGGCCACACAAACGUACAGAACAGGAACAAGGAUCAGAAACCAGCUUUUAGAGACAAUCAAAGGUUGAUUUUUAGUUAAAGGAGCAGUUCUUGUGUGGAUGUUGUUUGUGCAUAACAUCUACAGUUUUCCUCAGGUUCAGUAUUUUUUUUUUUUUUUUGCUGGAAGGAGAUGUUUUUAGGAAAUAUAGAGAAACUGCAUAUGUAACAUGAAUGAAAGAAUAUGAUAUGAGGGAGCCACAGUAGGUGCUGCAUCACUGGCAGCGUGUGUGUUCUCAUUGUGUGAAUGUACAUCAGCCCGUCCAGCCGUGCCUCCAGUCGCUUCUUUUGGUCAUUUACUCCCAGGCAGAGCAGGGAUGUGCCUUUGAAACAGCACCUGGUGAAAAGAUAAAAGGGGAAGGCUCUUCAUCUUCAUCCUGAAAAAUAAGCACACCUGGUACAGUGACACACACCCACCUCGCACACGUAACUUUUAAUCAGGUUCAUUCUCAAAGUAGCUUACUCAGCCUCACAGGGAGAUGGCUACGGUGCAUUAGAUGCAUGUCCUAACUGGAAACAAUCAGCCGGGCUGGCAAAGGGAGACGAGGAUGAACGCGGAUUUGUGUGAAGUUUGUGGAGUUUGUGUGUCUUUGCUUUGAUUUGUGAGUAUAACACAGCGACGGGCCCUUAUUGAACAAGUGCUGGAGUCACAAUGCUAUUCACUCAUCAGGAGUGUUUACGUUGAUUCAGCUCAUUUUCAGCAAAUCCAUUAAACCUUUUGUGUCAACGUCAGGGUGUUUAUCCUCUCUACCGGCCCCCAGUUUACAAAUUCUUAAAUUUGAAGUCUGUUAGUUGGAGUCCUGCAAUAGUGCAGAUUAGCACCAAGAAGAGUGAAUGUAAUGUGGGGGGAAAAAAGCCUAAACACUAUGAUGUUUAUCAAAGCCGGUGUUUUCAUUCAACUCUGCAGUUUUGCAGAUGUGAGUAGACUUUUAAUAAGAGUCAUGGUUCUGUUUUAAGAAUCUCCUGCCAUGGACAGCAAUUACACAUAAAAUGUUAGCAGC